CACACGUGGUUAGUUACAAGAUGUGGUUUGCGAGGAUUUUGUUGAGAUGUGAACGACAGAUCAGAUUUUUUUCUAGUCCAGACAGUUCACAAACGAGAAGAGUGCCCAAACUUUAUUCAGAUUAUGAAAAUUUAAUGAAGUUAUCUCCUGUUCAGCCUGCUUCGCCACGUUUAUUAAAGGUUUCUAUUAUAGGUGAACCAAAUUCCGGAAAAUCUACACUAACGAAUCGAUUGGUCAAAUGGAGAGUUUGUUCUGUUUCAAAGAAGGUUCAUACAACAAAACAUAACACAUCAGUUGUAAUGGUAGACGGAGAUACUCAAAUAGUUUUCUUGGAUACACCAGGAUUGGUUUCACCUGAGCAUGGAAAGAAACAUAAUUUAGAACAUUCUCUUGUUGUAGAUCCCGAAACUUCUAUCUUGCACGCUGAUGUAAUUGCUGUUAUUGUCGAUGCUUCUAAUAUUAAUACAUCCAAGCAAUUAAGCAAAGAGUUGCUGAAACUACUACAACAAAAUUCUAAUAGAAAAUCGUUCUUAAUUUUGAAUAAGGUCGAUAAAGUUAAAAUAAAACACGAUCUCCUAAAAAUAUCUCGUACUCUAAUUGGUGAAGAAGAGAAAAUAGUUAUUCCUAAAAAAGAUAAAAUGAAUUUAAAUGUAUUAUUCCAAGAAACUGAGAGAAAGCUAAGUAAAGAAAAACCUACAGCUGAUGAAUUAACAGAGAUGAAAGGCUGGAAAAAUUUUUCUAAGGUGUUUAUGAUAUCGGCAUUAACUGGUGAUGGAGUUGAUGAUAUUAGAAAUUAUCUUUUCAGUUUAGCAUAUCCGAGUUCGUGGAUUUAUCAUAGUAGUGUCGUGACUAAUCAGUCGCCCGAAGAAAUUGCGAUUAUGACCAUUAGAGAAAAAUUGUUGAAUCAUCUUCCUAAAGAAAUACCAUAUAAUCUUGACUUGAAGUUGGAAAUGCUUGAAGAGACAAAUGAAGGUUUAUUAAGAAUUGCUGUAUUAAUUAUUUGCCCACGAAAAAGUCAGGUAAAAUUAAUAAUUGGAGGAAAAGGUAAAAUUGUGUCUAAGAUUUCAGAUGAAGCGAGACAGGAUUUGGCUAAUACUUUCAGAUGCAAUGUAUCUUUGAAAUUAAUAAUUAAACAUAAAGAUUCAGAAUAAAAAUUUGAAAUUUUGUUAUUUAUAUUAUGUGUACAGUUAAAAACAAAAAGAACUGCUCUAUCAGCUGAUAUGAGAUUGCAUCAAUUCUGUUGUUAGUGAUAAUAAUAUGUAUAAGUAAUAUAUCAAAUUAUUUUAUAAUUUUAAAAUA